GCUGCUUGUGGCUUGAAGGACGAGCUGGAGGAAAAGGUCGAUGACAUUGAUGCUGCCGAUGUCCAUGAUCAAUUAGCGGUGGUUGAUUACAUUGAAGAUAUCUAUGCAUUUUACAAGAAAGCAGAGAGUCUGAGUCAGAUUCGUGACUAUAUGGGUUCGCAAGUUGAGAUUAAUGAUAAGAUGAGGGCAAUUCUCACUGAUUGGUUGAUUGAAGUGCAUUUGAAAUUUGAGCUAAUGCCUGAGACACUGUACCUUACGAUGCACAUUGUUGAUCGCUAUCUAUCCAUGAAGAUAGUCAAGAGAAGAGAUUUACAGUUGGUUGGUGUCACGGCCAUGCUCGUGGCCUGCAAAUACGAAGAAAUAUGGGCUCCAGAGAUAAAUGACUUUGUAUGCAUAUCAGACAAAGCAUACAGCAGAGAACAGAUCCUGGCUAUGGAGAAAGACAUACUGAAUGACCUUGAAUGGAACUUAACAGUCCCUACACCAUAUGUUUUCCUCGCUCGCUUCCUGAAGGCUGCUGGAUCUGACAAACAGAUGGAGGACCUAGUUUUCUUCUUUGCCGAGCUGAGCUUGAUGCAUUAUGUCAUGACGAAAUACAGCCCUUCCAAGAUGGCUGCCUCUGCUGUUUAUGCUGCUCGCUGCACUCUUAACAGGACUCCCUUCUGGACCCAGACGCUCAUCCUGCAUACAGGCCUUUCAGAAGCUCAAGUGAAGGAUUGUGCAAGUCUCAUGGCUGAAUUCCAUUCUGUGGCCAUCGAGAGUAAGCUGAAGGUGAUAUACAGGAAAUAUUCAAAUCCUCAGCUCAGCUCUGUCGCGCUUCUUCCGUCUGCUGCCCAACUCUUAUUAUCAAAAUCGCCAACAUCAUAACCAUCUUUUAAAUCAAUCUAAUAUCUAUGGUAUAUGUAAAGCGCAAGUUCCCCUCAGAACCGACGCGCCAAGUGAUGUUUUUUGAGUUUUGGCAGUUUGUUAUGUUUUUUAUUUGGGAAAUAUUCAAAUCCUUGGCUCUCUCAGCUGUGUCACACUUUUCCGGUUUGUCAUGAAAACCAGCAACCUUGAUUGAUUGUUUCUUUAUUAUGUAUUACACUGACUAAGAAAAUUUGCUCUUACAAUAUUUGUAAUUUUUGUGGAA